GAGAGACAAAAAGAAAGGAAAGGAGGUAGAAGGAGUGAGUGAGCAAGAGUUUUGCCAGUUAGAGAAACUUCUUUACCUGAUUUUUUUGUCUCAGACCAGCCUUUGUUUUUCAUCUCAGGCCAGGCGCAGCUGAAGAUGAGCGAGCCAGGGGACUGAGACCAGCAGGGAAACCGCCGGGUUUUACAAGCUGCGAGCCAGGCCGACAAACAGGAUGAGGAGGUGAGAGGGCUUCGCGGAGCAGGGCGACAGCGCGAGAGAUGAGGAAGGAGUGCCACCCAACACAACGUACCACCGUUCCUGGGGAAGACAGACUCUGACCUGAGAAAGAGAAGGAGAGUAAGAGAGAAAGAAAGGGGGGGGGGCUGUCUACAGUGCACACACAGCAGCCUCAGGAAAGAGGGACGAGCGUCCGUUCGCUACGCUGGAGCACAAGGACACACCAUGGACUCUGCACGUCUCCCGCUCCACCUUGACCUCCAUAAUGUUACUUGCUAACCUUCUGGUCCUGAUGGUCCUGCUGCUACCUCAAGCGCUGUCGGGUCACCAGGGCGGUUCUGUCAACCCGACCGCCUUCCCGCCAUCCCAGCUCGAGCCCGGCCUGGCCCAGUCCAUCCAGAACGCCCUGCUUACCCGCCUGGGGCUGCAGUCCCGCCCUGCCCCUCGACCCGGGACGCCCAUUCCCCAGUACCUGCUGGACCUGUACCGCUUCCAGUCCCAGCAGUACCACCUGCUGCAAAACCCUGACUUCAGCUACCCCACGCACCACAUCCAGGGGGCCAACACGGUGCGCAGCUUCCACCACCAGGAUUCUGAGGACCCCUGCUUCCAGCUGCAAAGCAUUGCAGAGGAUGCAGACCACUUUAAUAUCUCCUUCAAUGUCUCCUCCAUACCCUUCGAUGAACACAUCACCUCUGCAGAACUCCGCCUCCUGCGGGGUGUGGCUGGGAGCGGCUCUGCCGCCCACAGGGUUGAGCUCUAUGUUUACGGGAACUCCUGGGAAACGGGGGCCAUGCUGUUAGAGUCCCGCCCCCUCGUGCAGAAGGGUGGGUCCCCAGAGGCCUGGGAGAGUUUCAGCCUCCACCCAGACCUGUUUGACAGGGUCAGGAGGCAGCCCAGUCACCUGGGUUUCAUGCUUAAGGUGUCCCCCAUGAACAAGAAUCUGUCCCCUAAGCCCCUUAAGGCUGGGCAGAUGGGGGAGCACCUCAGGGUGCGUAGGUCCUCGGGACAAAGCGAACCAAGCUGGGCUCAAGAGAGACCCCUGCUGGUGACGUACAGCCACGAUGGACGCGGGCAACCUUUGGCGCCCCCUGCUGUGCACCCAGAGAAGUGGCUCUUGGCGGGGGUGCAGAGGAAGAGAAGGAGAGGUGGGAAGAGCGGGAGGGGGAGAGAGAGGCACAGGAGCAGGGGUGUGGAACGGGACCGGCGGGUCAAGCGGAACGGAGGCCGGGCGGCGAAGCUGAAGCGGCUCUCGCGGGCCCGCUGCCGGCGUCACCCGCUGUACGUGGACUUCAACGACGUGGGCUGGAACAAGUGGAUCGUGGCGCCCAGCGGCUACCACGCCUUCUUCUGCCUGGGCGAGUGCCGCUUCCCCCUGGCCGACCACCUGAACUCCUCCAGCCACGCCAUGGUGCAGACGCUGGUCAAUUCAGUCAACAGCGCCAUUCCCAGGGCCUGCUGCGUGCCCACUGCCCUCAGCCCCAUCGCCAUGCUCUACCUGGACCAGCACGACCGCGUGGUCCUCAAGAACUACCAGGACAUGGUGGUGGAGGGCUGCGGCUGUCGGUAACAGACAGAGGAGAGACAGAUAGAGAGAGAGAGAGAGAGAGAGAGAGUAAGACAGAGAGAGCAGAGGGAUGAGCCUCCUUUGGCAGUGGGCAGCAACCUCAACCACACGUCCCCAUUUCCACAAUUCCCAGCUGCACACCAUCACCUGUGUUCUGGAAAGGGAUACAAGCAUCAUGUUGCCUGCCUGGACGGGCGUAUUUUAAGACCCAUUGCCCAUCUGGCCACACCCGUGUGACUCUGUGGACUAUGCCGUACGACAACUGCCUGCUUUUCUGUGUGUGUACGCUGUGCACAUCUGUUUGCUUGAGUCUGCUGCUUAGCGUCUUGCUCUUCAGCGCCUUUGAUCACCAGUUACAUAUUGUAGCAUGAAGUUAUCGUUGCUCCAUUGUUUGGGGGAAAUAAUUUGCUGGCAAAGAAACUCCUAAAAGCGGGGACUUGGAUAAAUGGAUAAAUGAACCAUUGGACCAUUGCUGAUUGGUUUUACAGUGGUAUUUCAUUCCAAGGGCUUAUUGCUGGCGGCUCAGUGCUAUUUUCUUAACCAACCCAGUGCAUGUGUAUUGGGUCAGUAGUAGCUCAACAAAGCUUUAUAAAGCUUUCAGUCACAAGAUA